AUGACAGGAGAAAUGGAAGGAAGUGGCGAGGGUGAAGUUCCAGCGAACACAGCAUCAAAUAGUACAGCUGGACCUGUUGGAUGGUAUGAUCGAUUCCAGGGAAUGAUUGCGGAUGAGUUGCCUCCAGAAUAUAUGAAAUUCCUUGUAUUGGACUAUUUAAUCUCUCAGGGACACAGGGAGGCAGCGGAAUAUUUGUGCGAAGACGCCUCUAUACCAUUCCCGAGAGACGCAAUUGAAAAUCUUGAUCAGCGAAUGCGUAUCCGUGAUGAUAUUGUAGAAGGAAAGAUACAGAGUGCAAUCGAAAAAGUUGUAAAAGUUGUCCCUGAUUUGUUGGAACGCAAUCCAGUUCUUCAUCUUCGUUUACUUCAGCAGCAUCUCAUUGAACUUAUUCGCAAUAAAAUGGUAGAGGAAGCCGUUGCUUUUACGCAGUCCAUUGUUGAAAAAGUGGAUGCACAUCCUGAAAUGGAAAAAGAAAUGCAAAAAGCUUUUGCAAUGAUUGCUUUUGAAAAACCUGAAGAUUCUCCAUAUACAUAUCUAUUGGAAAUGAGUCAUCGUCAGAUGGUUGCCAACGAUGUAAAUAGUGCCAUUCUGGAAGCUCUGAAUAAGCCGUCUGCACCGAAGCUAGAGAACCUUUUUCGACUGAUCUUAUGGUCCAAAAACGUGCUGAAGCAUAACGAUACACCGGAAAGCUUAGAGCGCCUUUUCAGUGGACAAGUAACUAAUAUUUGA